CGAUAAUUGAUAAACCCCAACGCUAUAUGCUGAAUUUCUCACUAUUCCGAUAGCUUUUAGCUGUUGAGACCACACCGCCGGACAUUGGUGACCGGAAGCCAUGGCCGGAAGUGAAGAGGACUCAAGUAAGCCAUCCUCAUCACUCCACGAGCCAACCCAACCUCUCCUCUCUAAGCCGUACCUUCCGAUCGACGAACUUAUACCCCCCAGGUCUCAUUCCGACGCCGAAGACCAAUCCCAGAUUCCCCAGAUCUCCUACAACUACGGCCCACGCCAUAUCAAGGACCUUCCUUUCCUCCUCAUCUUCCUCGUCCUAGUCCUCUCCACCUUUGGCUUCGGAAUCUUCGCCUCCGUCAACCGGAACCCUCACCGCUCUCACCUCUCUUCGUUUGUUUACAACACCACUUCGCACUCCUGCACUCUUCCGGAGUCCGGCAACCUUGUAUCUCUACGGUUAUCAGAUUCCGGCGUCUUGAAGAGCUUGAUUUGGACACUCGUUGUCACUCUGCUCUUGAGCUUGCCCUUUGUUCUGUUUGUGCUUUUCCUGCUCAAGCGUUACACGAAGCAGAUUGUUUACUCUCUGUUUCCUUUCUUCAUAAUUGUUCCUGUCUCCAUAAACAUCUACUGGUUCGUUGCCUGCACUGUGAGCACAACUUGCAGAGAUGCAUUUCCCAUGGGGUAUCGAAUUUUGGUGCUUGGAUUCGUAUUCGUAAUCAUAGGAGUUGUUGUUUGGAUCUUCAUUGUGAAUUGGAAUAGGAUAGAUUUGACUGUGCGUAUAAUCAGAGUUUCUUCUAAUGCCCUCUCACAGAAUUUGAGGCUGUUUGGGGUGCUCCCUGUAUUGACUAUGGGGAUGUUUGCGUACUAUGCUCCCAUUGUUAUUUUCUUAGUUUUUGCAAGGUUGAAUGGAAAAAUUAUACCUAAGGAGGAACCCCAUCAUGGGGGAGAAUACUAUUGUGGUUGGAAGCAAGACAAAUGGGUGCCUGCAUACUAUGCUUUAGCUAUUCUCACAAUGUUAUGGUCUACCACAACAAUGAUCCAAGCUCAAGUUUAUGUUAUCAGCGAGACGAUAGCACAGUGGUAUUUCUGCAAAGAUGAUUCCAGUUCCAAAAAGAGCAUAAGAAGAUCCAUCAGAAAUGCUUUCGGUCCAUCUUCAGGCACACUAUGUUUUUCUGGGUUGAUUGUCUGUGUUGUCCGUGUGGUGAGGGCCGUGGUAGACAAUGCAAGACAAGAGGCUCCUGGCAUUGUAAACCUCUCUCUUAAGUUCUGUGCAAACACCCUUCUGUCAACAGUUGACUUUCUAAACAAGUUCACAAUAAACUUUGCUGCCGUUACUGGCGAAUCCUAUUGCACUUCUGCCAAGAUGACAUAUGAACUUCUAGAACGUAACCUGCUGUCAGCAGUCGUUGUGGAGAUUGUCUCCACCCGUAUUCUUGCUGGAAUUUCUUUCGUCCUUUCUGCAAUAUAUGCGAUAGUGGUUUGUGCUGUAUUGAAAGCUGGAUUUCACAUAGGAGUAGAUGCAUACUUUGUUGCUGCCAUGGCAUGGGUUCUUCUGAUCGUGGUUCUCGGAUUAUUCAUCCAUGUGUUGGAUAAUGUAAUUGAUACUGUAUAUGUGUGCUACGCAAUAGAUAGAGACAUGGGAGAGACGAGUAAGCGGGAGGUCCAUCAUGUGUAUGAUCGCCUCCCAAUCAGUAGAAGUAGAUCACCUUAUGCUGCCCAAAAUCCUUCGGCUUCGACUGUAUAAACCAACCACAACCCCCUUUUAAAAUGGGUUUCUGUUGUAACUUUGAAUGUUGGGGGGUCAUGAAUUCAUGAUAUGAAUAAUUAUCUGCCGGAAAGUAAGUGUGUUAUUACGGACCGACUGCCCCUUGACUCCCUCCCUGAUGUAGGACAUGGACUUUUUCACGAAUAAGAGUAGACUCAGUAGUCGAACACGCUCAUUGUUUAUGCACAGCAGCCGCACAGGUAGGUCUCCAUGUUCGGCAUCUCAUCAACUGUUGCACUUUUGCAUUACUUUAGUGAACACUGUUAUCAUGGAAAUUAUUUUAAAACUGCUUCAGCGCUUAAUUUGUGCUAGAAGGGUUCAAUGAUUUACACAUAGUUCAUUCUUUGUUA